AUGGUAAAAUCUACUGCCGUAUCAUCUGACUGUAAUAAAGUUUCUACUGAAACUGUGCUACACUCACCACACUGUGUGACUGCCAGCAAAUCAACAUCUAGAAAAGCGAUGAGCAGCAUCACCAUCACGCUGGUCACUAAAGCACCAGCCAGACCUACACUCUCAGUGGGUGUCUCAUAUACAAGUAAACCGGUAAACUGGAGCAAACCCGUUUAUGAGCUGGACCCAUCUGGUUCAGAGAACAACGGUUUCAUCAAUGAGGAUUUCAUCAUGUGGAUGAGAACCGCUGCUCUCCCCACCUUCAGAAAACUCUACCGCAUCAUUCAGAAGAAGGACAACAUGACCCCUACAUUACCGCCGGGAAACUACAGCCUGGACGUGACCUACAGUUACCCACUGCACAGCUUUGACGGCCGCAAGCGCAUGAUCCUCAGCACGAUCUCCUGGAUGGGAGGGAAGAACCCUUUCCUGGGCAUUGCCUACAUCACCGUGGGCUCCGUCUGUUUCUUCCUGGGGGUGGUGCUUCUGAUCAUCCACCAUGAAUACGGCAACCGCAACAACAACGCUGACAUCCCUAAUUAA